AAGCCAAUGAUGCAGGCUCAGGAACGGGGAUUUGACCAGGAGUUCACACUAGAGGGUGCUAGCAUUUAGGUCACAGCCCAGUGACACCAGCUUGCCAAAAAGGGAGUAAUACUGGCAGGAAAUGUGAAGAGCUUCCUGAUAUGAAUCCUGUCUGGUAAAGAACAAGUCUUCUCACCGAGUGGGUGUGGCCGCUCUGCCAUGUGAGCCUGUCAAUGUCAAACACAACUGAGUGCUGAUUGGCAGCUUGUAGUCUCCUUGUUGUCUCUGUGCUCACAUCUGCUUGGGGUUUUACUUGCAUGCCGGUUCCUGCAUUCUGCAUUAAACCCACACGCUGCUGAGUGUUGCACCACAAACAGCUCAAUGAAGCCUCUUCGCUUACCACCCUAUUCUCCCUGCAACACCCAGCCGUGCGAUGACUGUAUGUACCAGCAGCAUUCACGGUGCUUUCGAGACUUCAGUCGAUCUCAAAGAGGCUACCAGACCUACCGGGGCGUGCCAUGGGACCUUCAAAGAGUUCACCAGUUGGCCACCAAACCAAAAUUUUUCGAGCCCUGGAAGAGCGCUGUAAUCGCCGUGGCUGUAGCGAUGGCGUUGGCAAUCACCAUCAGCCUCCUGGUGUAUUUUUUGGCCUAUGAUCAGAAGCUAUUCUAUUACAAUGGCAACUUUAAAGUCACCAGUAUCCAGUACAGCGAUGGCCUGGCCAGACAAUCCUCAGGAGAAUUUAGAGACCAGAGCGGAAGGAUCGAGAGACUGAUAGACAAGACAUUUCAGAAUUCUGUUUUACGAAAAAAAUAUAUCCGGUCACGUGUUGUCAGACUGAGCCCUGACAUUGGCGGAGUAAUGGCACAGGUUGUGCUCAUGUUCCUUUUCUCCGCCACUGAUAACAAAGCAGCAUUCCUGGGAAAAGUCGAUAGUGUCCUACAGAAGAAACUGAAUAAAUAUUCUGGGCCUGUGCGAAUAGAUCUUGCAUCUUCUACAAUCUCAGAUCUGAGGAGAGAGAGAGCUGAAACCCUCUUCAAUGACUUCUGCGGGUUACAACAGAAUAGAUCAGCAAAAUCAAAAUCAUCCUCAACGUCAGAAAGAAUAGUCGGAGGGGUGGCAUCUGCAGAGCUUGGGGACUGGCCAUGGCAAGCGAGUUUACAGCAGAACAACAUCCACCGUUGUGGUGCAACACUGAUCAGCAACACGUGGCUUCUGUCCGCAGCUCACUGCUUUAGAAAAGCAAAUAACCCACGUGUAUGGACCGUUACCUUUGGAACUCUUUUAAGACCUUCAAGAAUGAAACGUUUUGUCAAGGCUAUUAUUGUCCAUGAAAAGUACCGUUAUCCAGCACACAACUAUGAUAUAGCGGUCGUGAAACUCUCGAAAAGAGUUGAUUUUACAGAUAUCGUACAUCGUGUCUGUCUGCCAGAUCCAUCUCAGAUUUUCCCAUAUAAUUCUGACGCUGUCAUCACAGGCUGGGGAGCACUGAGCAACGAUGGCUCGAGUUCUAAUGUUCUCCGGGAAGCAACAGUGAAACUCAUAGACUCAAACACUUGCAAUAGGAGAGAAGUGUACGAUGGGGUCAUCACACCUGGGAUGUUGUGUGCUGGAUACUUGGAAGGAGGAGUAGAUGCCUGUCAGGGUGACUCUGGUGGCCCCCUGGUUAGUCCAGAUUUGAGAGGAAUGUGGUACCUCGCAGGAAUAGUGAGCUGGGGAGAUGAAUGUGCUAAACCCAAUAAGCCAGGAGUCUACACACGAGUGACUUACUAUCGCGACUGGAUCACUUCAAAAACUGGCCUCUAAUGCAGCAGAAGUCACAACCAGACUAAGCUACACAGGCUGUAUGCAGGUCAUACUCGUCUGUAACUCUACAAGGUGUCAUUUAAUCCCUAUAUCCCUGUCCAAAGCAAGCACUAACUUCACUGCUGCAGAUGCCAUAACCCCUUAUGAAUUUACACUGAAUGUGUGAGAUCACCUGCCUCCUCUCCGAAUCACUCUGGCCUAUUAGAGGAGAGGAAAGCACCUCAUCAAAAUGCAAAAAGCUGCUGAUUUAUUUAUUUUACUAGUUAAAAAGUGUAUGUACUUUUCCCAGGAAGGGGGAGUUACCUGUCCCAAGGUCUGAUGAUUCCCCCAGCCUUGCUACCCUCUUCCUCCUCCAUUGGGGCCCAAAGUCUUAGCUACUUUUAUUCUAGCCAAGCAAGCCUGGACAGCUCCCCCUUUCAGAGCCUAUCAGCACAGUUCACCAAUCACAGGACACUGGUUGCAAUUAAGACUUAGGGCAUUUCCCUCCAGUUGCUGAGAGCCUGGCCUCCCCCACUGCUCCAGAACAUGGAAUGAGGACGACUGGAAAUAAACCAGAGUACACAGCAUGGCAGUGCAGGGUCCUGGCGCUAGGCCACCAGACUUAAUCUUAAACUGCAACAUCAUUGCUGACCUCAGAACGCUGUUGGACUCAAAGGCAGGUAGCACUGUCUUCUCCUGCAACAGUAAGUAGCGCUGUGCCAGUGAGUACAUAACUUUGAUGUGACGCCACCUUCAGCUCUCUUGAGGAAGCCAGGGGCUACGGUGAGGGGUCAAGGCUGCUGUGAAGAAACUUCAGAGGGAGUUUUGGAGCUCACAAGAGAAUCUAACGGCCCCAGAGGCCACAGUCAGAGGUCCGAAGGGGUAGUCAGAGUCUGGGGAAGUCACGAGAAUCAGGACUAAGGGCAGAGCCUAGCUAAGAUGAGAGAGGAUUUCAGUGACUCCAGAAGUAGGUUCCUGGGGGAAAAAAUCUGUCCUGCGGCUAUGAAGUAUAUUUUUAAUAGCCCCUCAAUGGAUUCAGUGAAGCACAGAUUAUCUUUAAUUUUAAAAAAAUCUUUAUUACAGUUGUAUGCUGCUUCUUCAUUAAUGUACCUCUAGGCUGACUUCUCUCUGUGCGCACAAUGUACUUGAAUUGCCUCAAACACACAAUGUAUCCUAUCUUGGUGUUUAAUGUGCAAUAGCAAUGCAGUUUUUGUUGUUGUUGUUGUUGUUUUAACAGAACAGGAAGGAAAAUCGGAUAGCAGAAAAGAACCCACACCCUUUUUGUUCAGGCUCUCAUCUAGAUGUUUGUGAAAGGGGAACAAAUGCUCACCAUAAAUUAGUGCUUUAAGUAAAGAUAUCAUGGACAUUUCUGAGCCUCCAGCUCACUGAAAAGAAAGACCUGGGUGGUUUGCUUCCUACUGCACUGGUGGAUUUAUCCCUGCCAAGGAUGACCGUUAUCCUGACUCACAAGGCUACAACUAAAGGGUAAUUUUAAACAUUAAAAAUGGGCCAGAGGGGACAUUCAAAAGGAAAUUCCCUGGGGAUGACCCCUCUGCUCCAGAAAGAGAACUUUACCACCGACCACUUCAAAUGAUAAUACACUUUUUAAAAAAUGCCAUGAUGAAUAACAUUGGUAGUAAAGGAUCCCAGGCGCAUAAUGCUCACCCUCCCACUUCCAAAUCCCUCUGGGACCCACCACUGCCGCACCAGUGUGAGACACCAAAGUAAGGCUGGUUGCUCCUCCUCCUGUCUCUGAUUGGUCAGGAGAAGCAGCUGGUGGUGUAAAAUACAGAGGAUCGGCAUGAGGAUUGGGAGAAAUUUAAAAUCUACUGCUGAAAAGCUCUUCAAAGUUCCCUGCUUCCUUUUCUGCCCACAUCUUCUCACCCAAGCAUCACAGUGGCCCUUGAUGACAGAAGCUGAUGGGAG